CUGCCAGCAGGGAUCCUACACUACAGGGAACUCUGGAGGUGCAGGGCUAUGGAUGCGCUGCCUCGCCUUGCUCAACAGAGAAUUCUUCCGCUUGUUUGAGAGCCGCUGAAGGAGAUCACCCCGAGGGCUCUAGUGUGACUGCUGGCAAUGCUGCAUUUUCAUAGGGCCAGCUUCCUGCUUCAAAGACGUCCUCCUGCCGGCUGAAGCUUUGCUGAAUGAGGCCAGUGUGGGAGGGCCAUGGAACAGCUCUCGGCAUGGGGCAGCACAAAACCAAUGCACGAGAAAACGGGACCCAUGCACAGCUCGGACAAGUUGGAGGCACUGAACAGGGAAAAGAGUGUGGAGUCUCCGAACGGCAGCCUAUACUUGAGUGAUGCUGUCAAGGAGGAGGAGCUUAAGAAAUGUCACCGAGAAGUUGUGAGUUUGGCUCCAAAUAAGUACAAUUCCCAGUACCACAAGUUAUUCAAGGACAUCCCUACGGAGGAGAGUGUUCUGAAAGUCUGCUCCUGCGCCCUCCAGAGAGACAUCCUCAUCCAAGGCCGGCUCUACAUUUCCCCAAACUGGCUCUGUUUCUAUGCAAACCUUUUUGGAAAAGAUAUCAAGGUGGUCAUUCCCGUCGUCUCCGUCCAGUUGAUCAAGAAGCACAAAACGGCCCGGUUGUUGCCCAACGGAUUGGCUAUCACCACCAACGCGAGCAGAAAGUACAUCUUUGUGUCCCUGAUCUCAAGAGACAGUGUGUACGAUGUGUUACGGAGAGUCUGUACCCACCUGCAGGUCUCGAGCAAAAAGAGUCUGAGCUUGAAAGAGCUGACGGAAGAGCCGGACACGGUGUCGCUGGAGGUGAUUGUCCCUGAAGUGAAGUGGAGGAAAGGCUCCCCGGCGACGCUCUCGCUGGCCCUCCCGGACGCGGGCUUCCAGUGCAUCCACCGGGCUUCCAUCAGCAGCCUCAGCACCAAGGAGAGUUCGUGCAACUCUGAAGAGCCUCUGAUAUCAGAGAGUGCAAUAAACACCGAAGAGGAGGAGCUAGAGGUGGAGCAGAGCUACAGAGCCGAGCUGAGGGCGUCGGAUUACCAGUUGCUGAAAGUCUUCCUUGUGUUGAUCUGCCUCCUGGUCGUGUCCUCCUCCUAUCUGGCAUUCCGCAUCUUCCGCCUGGAACAACAGCUCUGCUCUUUGAAUCGGGACUAUCUCUCCCGCGUGCCCCAGAGGUGACUGUGGUUCCAGCAGGGGCACUCAGAACCUAGCCCACCCCAAGUAGCUAGCCUGGCCGCCGUGAGUACAGGGCAGGCGUAUUCCUUGUCCGCAUCACUCCUGGACCAAAAUUCUUUGUUUCCGGCAUCGUAGAAGUGUCUCUGUCUGAGUCCCUGUACUUGGCCCGGAAUGCAAACUCUGGGACAAAUUUUCCCAGACAGCCGUGGUGCUCGCAGUUGUUGCCAAGAGCUCGACUGUCCAGGGAGGGCGGCCCCUCAUCCCAUCCCUGAAAGUCUUUUCAGCCACCGAAGACCUGGGAGCUGUUUGUCUUCUGGCGCCAAAAGAAUCGGAGGGGGGGAUGACCAGCGUUUCUUCUGAGGCGCCCACAGGUGUUGCGGGACGGCGGCUUCUUCCUUGAACCUGCGUUCUCCUCUAGGGGCACUCCCGCUUCAGACUGCUGCCGGUUCUCUCCACCUAUCAAAAAAAGAAGAAGACGAAAACACCUGGAUCUUGGUUUUGGUGCAAAAUGCCAAUAAACGAAGCACAGAUCGUUUUUGCCAAGGAUGGAGGUGCCGGCUGGGGCCUGUCCCCUCUCUCCGCUUCCUGACAGAAGGAAAUUGUUUCCAUCACGAGCGAUCUUCUUGCACUAACAGGAUUCCUGUUCCCUGCCCAGUGCACGGCUGAGAAACGCCGCUGGGCUGACUGUCCGUGUACCCCCCAAAUUGCCACUUUUAGCACUGUUCCGGGGGGGGGGGAUAAAGAGGGGUCCUGGGAGCUGCCAGGCAGGCCUGAGCUCUCGUGGAUUGGGACCUCCCCACGUACUCAAACAUGGGAGGAAGUUACACACGCAGCACUUUCCGUGGGUCGUCCUGACUGGGCUCCAAAAACCAAGGCGGGGAGGAUAUAAAUGAUUGCUGCUGAACUUUGUAUUCCCGGAAACGUCCUCCUGCCCUGAAGAUAAGGCAGUU